GCGUCGGCGCUCAGGCCCGGCGCUCCUCGUUGGUCGGGGCUCUGCGCGGGGACCGUGACUCUGUGCUCCGGCGAGGGUCGCUGUUCCAGCUGUUUGACUUCGGCCCCAGUUGGGGGACCACAGAGCUUAUGCACCUCAAAACCAUAUGCCUAAAAUGAUAUAAUCAUGCAGGUCCCUCCUGCUGCAGAAAGGCCCCCAGUGCUUCGGUGCACGCGCACCUUGCACACGCUGCUGCAAUGCAGCCCCGGACCCCCGCCAGCGCACACUGCAGCGCUGCGUCCCAGCUGUCCUCUCCCCGGCGCGCUCCUCCACCUGCAGCACCCGAACGCAGAGGCUGCAGUGACCGUUCUUGUGUCACUUUAAAAAUCGAAGUACAUGGUAACGUUUGUCGUGUCUGCACCACCUCGCAACCCGCUCUCUCAAAACAUUGGGCGCGGUCCUAACUACCUUAGUAAGACCUCAUCAGGGCGGGAGCACUGGCAGCUGCUAGGCAAUUUGAAGACCACUGUGGAGGGCUUGGUGUCAGCCAACAGCCCCAACGUCUGGUCCAAAUAUGGUGGCCUGGAGCGGCUUUGCCGGGACAUGCAGUGCAUUCUCUACCACGGGCUCAUCCAUGACCAGAGCUUAUGUCGAGGAGGCGAGGAAGGUUCUGCUCUUUUUCUGCCUUUGGAGGUCAGCAGUAAGCUGGAUCCCGUCCCCAGCGGCUCGGCUCACCGUGUGUGCUUUCCCACUGUCUCGCAGCUCUGCUGCCGGCAGGCAGAUUACUGGCAGUUUGUGAAGGACAUCCGCUGGCUCAGCCCCCACUCCGCACUCCACGUGGAGAAGUUCAUCAGCUUGCAUGAGGACGGCCAGAGCAAUGCCGCAGGUGUGAGCCAGCGUGCUGUCGCCGAGCUGUGGCUGCAGCACAGCUUGCAGUGUCACUGCCUCUCUGCCCAGCUGCGGCCUCUGCUGGGGGACAGGCAGUACAUCCGGAAAUUCUACACAGACGGUGCCUUCCUGCUCAGCGAUGCGCAUGUGACGGCCAUGCUACAGUGCCUGGAGGCGGUGGAGCAGAACGACCCUCGCCUACUGGCUCAGAUCGACGCGUCCAUGUUUGCCAGAAAGCACGAGAGCCCACUGCUAGCGACGAAAAGCCGGAGCCUGACUGCUCUGCCUGGUUCCACACAUAUGGCACGGACCAGCUGUGCUCAGCAUUCCUACUUUGGGGCCUCCUCCGGCCUGCACCAGUCCAUGCCAAGCCAUGGCUCAGAGAGAAGAACCACUUCCUUUACACUCUCUGGCCCUCCCCAGAGACCCCAGGAAGUCCAGCGACACCUGUGCCCCACAGAGGAGCAAACCGCCCACACCCCUCAGCUUUCAGACUCGGCACCAGCCUCAGAGUCCCCGUCGACCCGACAAGAGAUGAGCUCCGGAGCCCCAACCAGCCCGCUGGAGGCAUCCUGGGCGGGCAGCCAGAGUGACUCACCGAGUGACACCAGCGAGGGGCCUGAGUAUCUGGCCAUCGGCAGCCUGGACCCCCGAGGCCGUCCCAGCAGCUGUCAGAGCCCCAGCAGCAAUGGCGGGAGUAGCAGCUCAAACCUGUUCUCCUCCGGCAGCUCCCAGAAGCCAGGCUCUGCCGCAUCUUCUUUAGGGGACAAAGAGGGCAGCAGGCAGAGCCAGCUGCCCAGCGCCCCCCGCAGGUCCAGCUUCUCAGAGGGGCAGACGCUCCCUGUCACCGGUGUGUCAAAGAAGAGCCACAUCCGCUCCCACUCGGACACCAACAUCGCCACCAGAGGAGCCCCAGGAGGCCCCAGGAAUAUCACCAUUAUAGUUGAAGAUCCCAUUGCAGAGGGCGGCCAGUACCUGGGCUCAGGAGAGGGCAUGUUCCGGAGACCAUCGGAAGGACAGUCCCUCAUCAGCUACCUCUCGGAGCAGGACUUCGGCAGCUGUGCAGAUCUGGAGAAGGAGAACGCCCACUUCAGCAUCUCCGAGUCCCUGAUUGCAGCCAUCGAGCUGAUGAAGUGCAACAUGAUGAACCAGUGCUUGGAGGAGGAGGAGGUAGAGGAGGGGGACAGCGAUAGAGAGAUCCAGGAGUUGAAGCAGAAAAUCCGCCUCCGGCGCCGGCAGAUCCGCACCAAGAACCUGCUCCCGGAGUACCAGGAGACAGAGCGCGGCAGCUUUCAGGUUACCUCCAGCAGCUCCCAGUUCAGCUCUCGGGAUUCGACACAGUUCUCUGACUCUGGCUCCACUGAUGAGGUUGAUGAGCUUGAAAUCCAAGAUGCCGACAUCCAAGGGAGCACAGCCUCGAACAGCAGACCUUUCAUUACCUCCCAGUCCUUAUCCCACUGCGUCCUGCACUCCACGUCGGCCGAGGCGGUGGCCAUGGGGCUUCUGAAGCAGUUUGAGGGGAUGCAGCUUCCGGCGGCCUCGGAGCUGGAGUGGCUGGUCCCAGAGCAUGAUGCCCCCCAGAAGCUCCUGCCCAUCCCCGACUCCCUGCCCAUCUCUCCAGAUGACGGGCAGCAUGCAGACAUCUAUAAGCUGCGGAUCCGUGUGCGUGGCAACCUGGAAUGGGCCCCACCCCGGCCUCAGAUCAUUUUUAACGUCCAUCCAGCCCCAACGAGAAAGAUCGCUGUAGCCAAGCAGAAUUACCGCUGUGCGGGGUGCGGCAUCCGGACUGACCCUGAUUACAUCAAGCGGCUAAGGUACUGUGAGUACCUAGGCAAGUACUUCUGUCAGUGCUGCCAUGAGAAUGCCCAGAUGGUCAUUCCUGGCCGGGUCCUGCGCAAGUGGGACUUCAGCAAGUACUACGUCAGCAAUUUCUCCAAGGACCUGCUGCUCAAGAUCUGGAAUGAUCCCCUCUUCAACGUGCAGGAUAUCAACAGCGCCCUCUACAGGAAGGUCAAGCUGCUCAACCAAGUGCGGCUGCUUCGGAUCCAGCUGUACCACAUGAAGAACAUGUUCAAGACGUGCCGACUGGCCAAGGAUGUACCACGCAAAAAUGUUCAUUCCCUUCCCCGUGUGCUGCCGCUCACCGACAGGCUGCUGGACUCCUUUGACACAGUCCCAGGCCACCUGACAGAGGACCUCCACCUGUACUCUCUGAAUGACCUGACCGCCACCAAGAAGGGGGAGCUGGGGCCGCGGCUCACCGAGCUCACCCAGGCAGGGGCUGCCCAUGUGGAGCGAUGCAUGCUCUGCCAAGCCAAGGGCUUCAUCUGUGAGUUCUGUCAGAAGGAGGAAGACAUCAUCUUCCCUUUCGAGCUGCAGAAGUGCCGGAUCUGUGAAGAAUGUAAAGCGUGCUACCACAAGGCCUGCUUCAAGUCUGGAUGCUGUCCUCGGUGCGAGCGGCUGCAGGCCCGGCGGGAACUGCUGGCCAGGCACAGCCUGGAGUCCUACUUGUCCGACUACGAGGAGGAACCUGCAGAGGUCCUGACCCUCGAAGCCACUGUCCUGGAGGGUACCUGAGGGAAGCACAUGUUGUGCCCUGCCUUGGGGCUGGGGUCACACAAAAUGCAGAACUGAGCCACCCUGUGAAGGUCUUUUGCCCUCGGGGCUUUUUUUUCUAAAUUAUUAUUUUUUUAAUGACUUGCCUGAUGUCCACGUGGGGCCAACCUCUGUUCGGUGGAUGGGUCCAGUCUGCUGUGACGGCUAAUUUGGAGGCACUGGCACCUUCCCUCAGGACUGACACACGAUCUUGAGUGAAGCUUCUAGUGCCCCUGGCAGGGAGUGGACGGCAAGGCCCAAUUCUGUCAGCACGGCCAUCUCCGUAGGACCAGCGCUGGUCCAGUGCACCUCCGGUAUCAUCUCCACUUGUUUUUAGCCCUGGAGCCUGUGAGCCAGGCCCCAAACAGCUAUCUUCUUUGCUGACGUAGUGGGGGCUGGGGUUUUCUCCAUCGGAUCCUGAAAUGCUGAGAAGCACAGAGAACAGGACUCCCUGGGGUUGUCUGUCAGGCUUGUGUAGAGCAGUCAUUAAUGUCCUAGAGCUCAGAGAGACAGCUGUGACGUCCCUCUUCAGAGAGUUGUAGGCAGAGAUGGUGUCCCAAGCUGACUUUCUUCAUCUCUCCCAGUGGGCACGAAGCAAACAGCAUGACUGAGGCUUAGGCCUGGCCCGAGUGCAGCCUGUACCAGUGAAAGUGGGGCACAGCUGUGACUUAGGCACGUAUCCAGGUAGGGGAGCUGCUGGCCUCCCCUUAGGUCUGGGACUCAGGUGACUGAGCUCCUGGACACUGGUGCCAUCUUUCAUGCUCAGGAAAGUCCCUGCCGCCCUAAGGUGAGGCCAGGAGCCCUGUGGACCAUCUUAACGUGAGUCCCUAACUGCUGCAUCCUGUCAGACGGUCAUGCUGGUUCUCAGUGAAGACACAGCCCAGCUCCGGUUCUCUGUGCACAAGCUGGGACUCUCCCUGGUGGCUGAUCUCUUGCCUUAGUUUCUUUUCUCAGAUUGGGAGAAAACCCUUCCUGCUAUUCCUACUUUCUUUUCUCAGAGUGGGAGAAAACCCUUCCUGCUAUUCCUAGUGUUAGAAAACUUGACGGGUUGUAGAUAUGAAUGUGAAUGUCCCUGCCUACUUGGGAUUACAAGAGUCUUUAACACCAAUUACGCAUUUACCCCUACCCAGCCUGCUGACGUUCACUCGUUCAGUUAUUUUCCUAGGGCUCAUUUUAACACUCCCCAUCCCCAUGUCAAUGUGCAUUCUGAUGGGAAAAGUGCUCGAUGGGCUUGGUAUGUUUGUGAUGUUCUUGAAGUUGCUGUAACCCCUAAUUGCUCUGUGAAACAUUGGUCCGGUUUGCUUCUCCAAGGGUGGCCGCUCUGUGCCCUAACCUGGCAGUGUUCUGGGACUGACUUUCCUGUGCACUGUUCUUGUCUUCCCAUAGUUGGUCACUGGUAGAAUGGCUUGGGCACUGCCCCUGGAAGCUGAACCGGAAGUCACAAACGGUUGGUGGGAGCUGAUGUAUGCCGGAGCUGGGGGUGGGGAGGGGCACAGGGUCUCAUGAGGAAGUGGAAGGGACACUGGGUCACAGCUACAGUGCUGGUUCUCCCAUUGACAGUUAGCCUCUGAGAGCCAAGGCCCUUGAAGGGCUGACUAGAAGUUCCCUCAUCCUUCAGGGAGCUUUGAGAACAAACCCACAUUUCACUGAGGUCAGGCCCCCGAUUCAGACUCAGGGCUUUGUAAAAGUGGUGAAGUCUACUUCCGGUCAAACCCAGAUACUUAACGCCAAGUCACUACACUGGAGGAGAGAUGACUCCCAAGCUUCCGCCUGUUUCCUGUCACACAGGACCAGACGCAAUCUCCCAGGCUCCGUGUUUGUCACUGUCCCCCUCAUCCCUUUAGACUGAAGAUGUUUGAGCGACCCUCACACUGAGCUGUCAUCCCAGGCCAACCCCCUGUGUGUUUAUUUACUUGAGAGUCAGGGAGAGAGGGCUGAGGAAGGGACGUUUUGAAAGCACUUUGCAACUUCGCAGUACCUGAGAAUCCCCGGCUGCCGUGGGGAGACACUUUGAGGGCCCUGACGGAGCCCUUCUGCGUGUCCCAGGAGGGAAGAGUGGUCCCUUCUGUACAUAAAGGGUAAACAGACUUGCUCCCGAGGCGGAGACGAGACUCAAGACAUUGCAGAAGAGUGGAAGACAUUUCCACUCACAGGAGGCUGUCACUGACCUUCUCACUUCUGUUGACGUUACACAAAGGAGCAAGUCUGCAUAGAGCUGUCGCUCUGCCACGCCACUCGAGUGCGAGCUGGAUUUCCACUUGCUGCUGUGCUUGCACAGCCUUAACGGUCCACCGUCAUCUGUAAUAAACCAAGUAAAUGAAAUCUGCCUGCCGCUGCUUGCCUUCGUAUUAAGAGAUGGGCCCGAGUGUACACCUGACAGGGCCCCGUCUGAGAAUUCUGGGGACUGUGCAGUGCGUCUCCCCCACGACUCUUCAGGUGCCUCUUUGUCAUCUCCAACCAGUGUGCCCCAAACCAGCAAAAAGAUAGUUCUCCAAGCCUAAUCAUUAUUCACCCGCGCCUGAAAAUGUCCUUGUCUUUGAAUUCCCCCUUGAGUUAGGUGUGGAGUCUGGCCAGUCAAGCUUACCUCACUUGUGAGAUAAACAAGUGACUCUAAGGACAAAUACAGUUCCAGGAAGGGCAGAGACUGAGGCAGUGGAGAUUUGCAGACUUGUUGAGCCCAACACCGGUGAGCAGAGUGCCAUCUGUUACCGUGGACAGAUGCAUGGUAUUCAGUGAUGGAGAAGGGAGGCGUGGAUUCUUACAGCACCCUGGGAAAGGUGGGCUCCACAGUGCUUCCUUUUCGCUUUGAGCUUUUGGCUUGGAGGCGGGGGGAAGAGAUGGGUGCCCAGCACCUCCUGCUGUCCAGUCCUCUCUCUACCCAACACC